GCUUGUAGCAGUAAGGAAUGAGGCAAGCUAUCAGGAAUCCAGCCACCAGUGACCCAAGGAUAGACAAGGCCAGAGCCAGGUAUGCCAAUAAUGUAGAAAAUAACAAUGUCACAUACGCCAUUGAGAAAAGCAGUAUCUAAGAGAUUCCUGGAAACUUUCAGUGAAUCUGACAGUGAAACCAUGGAUAAACCAUCACCAAAGACUGUGAAAUUUAGCGACCAUGCAGUUGAGACUUCUUUUGGUGGAACACAAACCCUAGCCAAGCUGAAAGGCCCAGAUGGGCAGAAAUCUUCAUCGUCUAAAAAGAAAACUGGAAUAACUCCAACACGCACCUCUACGAGCAGUCUUCCAUCCACCCUGGCCCCCCAAGGGACUGGCAGGGGUCCAUUACCAACUACAGCAUUUUUGAAAACAUCGCGGUCACGCAGCUCCUUUGACUCAGCCACGGAGUCUACUUCUCAAAAAGUGCUGACACCUACCAAGAAGACAUCUUUGCCAGAGACCUUCAAGACUCCACUGAGAAGAAUAACUUUAGAGAAUAGAGCUGUUGGAACUCCAGAUGUUCUUAUGAGCUCAAGGAAGGAUGACCUGCAGGUACCUGCCACAAAGUUACCCCGUAGAUCCAGCCUGUCUGCCCUAGAGAACUCUGGGGAGGAUAGCUGUGGGGUCACUGUGGCCGUCAGGGUGAGGCCAUUUAAUGCCAGAGAACUUGCAGAUGAUAAGGUACGAUGUGUAGUCAAAAUGGACGAAAACGAGACCAUAGUGACCCAGGAGAACGGUCAGGUCAACAAUUUCACAUACGACUUCUCAUUCUGGUCCUUUGACCAAAUUCAGGGAGAGUUUGCCAGUCAGGAGUACAUAUACAAUGUCCUGGCCCAGCCCCUGCUGGGGAAGGCAUUGGAGGGGUACAACACGUGCCUGUUUGCAUACGGACAGACUGGCAGUGGAAAAAGCUACAGCAUCAUGGGCCAUGGUGAAGACAUUGGAAUCAUCCCAAGAUUUAGUGAAGAACUCUUUGUCAGAAUGCAGGAUAUGAAAGAAGUCAGCGUGAAUGUGGAAAUUGGUUUCUAUGAGAUCUACAACGAAAGAAUUCAUGAUCUUCUGACGUCACAAACUACCAAGGACAUGGGAGAGAAAAGACCUGGUUUGAAAGUUAGAGAACACCCUGUGUUAGGUCCUUAUGUGGAGGGCCUCUCAUCUCACGUGGUCAACUCCUAUGAAGAUAUACAGGGCUGGAUUAACCUUGGCAACAAGCAGAGAGCCACUGCUGCCACGGGGAUGAACGACAAGAGCAGCAGGUCUCAUUCUGUGUUCACCAUUGUCAUGACACAAACCAGGAGUGAUACAUUGGAUGGUGAAGUCCAUGAACACUCAACUACAAGUAAAAUCAACCUGAUAGACUUAGCUGGCAGUGAGAGACAGACUACAGCUAACACAUCUGGAGACAGGCUGAGAGAAGGUGCAAACAUCAACCGCUCACUGCAUGCCCUGGGGAAGGUGAUCUCCCUGUUGUCAGAGCAGUCUAUGAGUUCCAAGAAGAAGAAAACACUGUUCAUACCUUACAGGGACUCUGUGCUGACAUGGAUGUUGAAGGAGAGCCUUGGUGGUAACUCUCAGACCGCCAUGAUAGCCACUAUAAGCCCCACCAACUAUUACGUAGAGGAGACACUGAGCACACUGCGCUAUGCCAAGCAGGCCAGGAAUAUUGUCAAUGUUGUCAAGGUCAAUGAGGAUCCUAAAGCAAGAAUUAUAAGAGAAUUGAGAGCAGAGAUUGAGAAGCUACGUGCCAAGACAGGAGUGAUGGGAGAGGAGGUGGUAGAUGCCAGCCUGGCAGAGGUAGCUGCACUGAAGGAACAACUGGUCAUUAAGGAAAAAGAGAUGGCAGAGGCUACAAAGUCUUGGCAGGAAAGGUUAAAGAGGUCUGAAGAGAAAAAGCUAGAGGAAUCCAGACUGCUGGAGAAAUCUGGUGUGGCAUUGAAAAUAGACAACAGCAUGCCUAACCUUGUUAACCUGAGCGAGGAUGCGCAGCUGUCUGAACUGCUGCUCUAUGUCAUUAAGGAAGGUCAGACCAAGGUGGGGCGACAGAAGGAGAAGUCUAAGCAUGACAUUCAACUCCAGGGGGCGCUGAUAGCAGAUGAUCACUGCACCAUCAAUAACGUGGAGUCUGUUAUCAGCAUCACUCCACAUCAGGAUGCCCAGACAUUUGUCAAUGGUGAAUUAAUAACGGGUCCGACCAUUCUCCACCAUGGGGAUAGGGUUAUCAUGGGGGAUCACUACUUCAGAUUCAACCACCCCCUAGAAGUCCAGAGAGGAAGAAAAACUGCCACCUCUGGACAAAUACGAGAUUUUGAAUUUGCCCGACAGGAGUUGAUAAAAGUUCAGAAUGCAAGGCUGCAGAAGGAGUUGGAAGAGGCCCGUAAGGAAGCUCAACAGGAGAUGCAGGAAGAGCUGGCUAAGACCCGUAAGGAAGCUGAAAAGGAGCUGAACAAACAGAAACAUGGUUAUGAAGAUAGGCUAGCAGAGCUGGAAAAGGCUUUAUAUGAGCAGAAAACGGGCAAAGCUCAGGCUGAGAGAGAUCACUUGAUGGCUAAGGGUGUGAUUGAUAGACUGGAAGAACAAAAGAGGCUGCUGGAAUCUGAGGUCAUCUCUAAUAAAAGGAGACAGGAAAUGGAAGAAGCUGCCAAGCAAAAGCCUGUAGAACCACUUCCUAUGGAAAGGUGCAAAAUUUUGGAUGAACUAGAAAAGGAGAAAAAGAAAAUUACUGAAGAGGUGCAACGCCUUGUGGCCAUUAGACAGGAGAGAGAGGUUCCAACAGCUCUCUUCACAAAACCUCGUGUUGAGGUCCAGAGUGGACGUGUGGACUUGUAUCGAGUUGCCUUACUUCUGAGAGAGGCUAAUAAAAUUGCACAGUUCUUGAAGAAGAACACAGUGUUCAACAGAGAAGACAUCACCAAAGAUGGUGAAAACCAGAUUCUGGUGAAAGUCAGCAACAAGAAGUUGAGCAUCAGUACCUUUUGGACAUUGCAGAAGUUUGAGGCUAAGUUAGUACAGAUGAGAGAAUUGUAUCAGGGUGAAUCUGAAAGUGCAGCAGAAGAUGUUUUCUAUGACCCCAAUGACUGCUGGGAAAAAGAUACCAGACUCAAUUCAACCUCUGACUCUCCAAGGGUGUUAGACUGUUUAAACACCAGUAUGAGACAGAGGAUGUCUUCCCGGGACAGUAUACGCCAGUCUUUAGCUUCCUUCUCUGGUAAUACAAGUCUCCUGAAUACUACACUCAGAUCAGUGUCAGCUUCCAGUGCUAAGAGUUCCAGUACUUCCAGUGUGGAUCCACUCCUCAACCCCCCACCCCCUACCACGUUAGCUGUCAUCAGAGAUUUCAUCUCAAUGGACAUGGAGAAAUUACAGGAUUGGUCUGUAGUUGAGACUCACCCUGACAAAAUAUUGCGAGACUGUGACUGUCUCAAGGUUGCUGUGGCAACGUUACUGGAGGCUUAUAACAAACUAAGUGAAAGUGAAGACAUCAGCAAAGAUGACUUUGUGAAGUCAGAAGUUGCCUGUCUCAGCAGCAUCCAGAUCAAGUCAGCCAUGGAUCGUCUGGUGGCCACCAGUACCAUGUGGUUCGCCAUGUACCAGCAGAUAGGGUCAUCGCUGAUACAAGAGACUACCAAGAGAAUGAUGACACUGAUACGGAGCUUGGGGAAUAACAUGGUGCUUUUUCUGCAGGGAUGUGAGUUUGACAUAGACACUAUGGUGCAGCAGUCUUCAGCCCAGAUCCUGGAGGUCAUUUUCUCCAUUUGUAAACUCUGUGGAGAGCUGUCGCUGGCCACAGAUACCAGCCUUGUGACCCUCACUGAUUACGAGGAGAGAAGUGGUGACUUGGAAGAGGAGCCGACUUCGGAGAAUAAACUUGGACAUGACAUUCGUCAAGUCUUCCUAACUGGCUGUGAUGUGUUCCUGGACAAGACUAUCCAGGGGGGUCUGCGUAGUCUGGAGGAGUGUGAGAUUAAUGUGCAGACUUUGGCUGAGAACCAGAACACAAACCAACAGUUAAGUGGAGACAUACUUAAGCAUGUAGAAAUAGUUGCUGCGUCUGCCAAAAUUCUACUACAGAAAGGUCAAGAGGUGCAGGUAGAACUGGACUCCACCUUGAGAGAAAGUGUCAACAACAAGGCUGAAAACUUUUAUCAUCUCAGCUACAAGCGUUCCCAAAAACUCAUAGCCAAUGUUAGCAGUUUGGUGGAUGGUGUAUCACUCAUGGUGCAGGCUACAGAUGCUCUGGCAAAGGGUUCUGAUGGAGAUUUAAGGAAAAUCCAAAGAAUUGCAGACCUGAUCCAGAAAUCUACCAACAGACUUGUGGCCUGUUCUUCCUCAACUGCCGAAUCUCCUGCCUCUGCCAUGACUGACAACCAAUCAGAAACUUCAGAUUUUUCAGUGCUGAGCGACUCUCAAAAUGAACAGAUGGAGAUUGCAGCACAAGAAGUGAAAUUAGCAACAUCAGCUCUUGCAGAUUAUAUACAGAAAACUCUGAAAAAUGACACCUCCUUUGGGACUCCCAGUAAAGUUAAACGGAUGCUCCCUGUAUCGCCAGAGAAAUUGGUCAGACCUUCCUCUUCUCCAAAUUUGCAAAACAAGACAGCAUAUAUACGGAAAAAUCUUUCAUUAGUGGAUAUGAAUAAGUAGGCUAUCUUCAUGUGGAAGAUACAUUUCUGGAGCUUUCUCAUAGCAAACAAACUCUCUUUGAUAUUAAAAUAUUUACUGUUAGAGGUUGCUGGUAUCAAUUCAAAUACUGAACUGUGUCAUCACUCUCAGUUUGGGGUACUUAUACACUUGUAAUCAAGUUGUGUAUAUAUAUUUCAUUAAAGCAUAGAUGUAAGAAGUCAUUUUGUAAUUUAAUAACCAUGGAGUGAAAGGCAGUAUAGUGUAAGGAAAUUUCUGUGAUAAGAAUGCCUGAAUGUGACUUUGUUGUCUGAAGAUUGUCAAUAGCUCAGAUGUAUUUUUACCGUCUUUGUUCUCUUAGGCAUUUAGAGGGUUGAUUGAUAAUGAUUUUGGUAUCCACUUCCUGGAGACAGAAAAAGACUGACAUAGAUGAUGAAAGAUUUUAAAUGAUACUUAAUGGAGUGACAGCACCAUGGUAGCAGAUAAUACCAAAAUUACAUAAUCAGAUUGUUAAUGGAAAACAUGGUGUCUUCCUGAAUGACAGAAAAAAAUAUUCUCCUCUUCUAUAAUCUUAAUUUGUAUCAUUAUAUUUGUGUUAAAGGUUUGUAUCCUGACUCAUAGUUGUAGAUGAUUUUGUUAUUGUCUAGUGCUUGAUGAAAAAUGUAUUCAUUCAUUAAUUUAUUCAGCUAAAUCAUUACAUCAUUUUCUGGUCUGCCAAAUACAGAAGUGACUCAGAAGGAUGCUUUGACUGACUCUAAAGGUGGAUAAUGCCAAUAUCUAUUUUAUUAUGUGCCAUUUUUCCUGUUAUUGACAAACGCCAUACCUUUAUAACUAACAUAAUUAUGACAUACAGCGUAAGUGCUUGAUUCAUUGUACUGUUUGCUAGAUAUGUCUGUAAAUCGAGGCUCACACUUAGGCCCCAUUCAGAAUAGGGAACUAACUAGUCCGAGGGUCAAAUAUGGCUGGCCCACUUGAAUACUUUGGGAUAUCUAUUUAGUGUCUAUUAGUGGAUUAGACUGCAAACUUUGUAGUGGAUCGACAUAUUUAACCCUCGGACUAGUUAGUCCCCUAUUCUGGAUGGAGCUUUAGUCAUGAGUUAAAUCUGUCGAGACUAGUGUUGGUCAGCAUGUUGCUGUCACUUGCAUUUAUACAUCAAAAAGAUAAUUAAAUACUUACAAAAAACAGGGCAUUACUUUCUCAGCGCCAGGGCCAUAAUUUAUAAACACACUUAAGACGAAGAAAGCCGAAAUAGGUUUUCCCUCUGUACGUAAAUUUUGAGUAUAAUUAUUGUCUUUGCAUACGCAAGGGGGUUGAACUUACACGAGGUGGAAGUACGGCGAGUAGAUUUGGUGACCAUUUCAAUGCACUAUAAAAUCGGGACAUAGGUUUACUCGUCAUAUUAUGGGCACGUUUGGGGGGAAGAAAGGCAUACAGGUAAGGAACAUAUGCAGGCACUUGGUGCAAUUGCCAUUUUAAGCUUACUGUGUGUAAAAGACAAUUCUUCUAUUAUCAAUCUACCCGACGCUUGGGAGUCCAACCCCCUUGAUACGUAAGGGGACACAAUUUAAGCACUCGCCUGGCUACUCGACGUACUUUUGGUUUGGGAGUUUACCCCCAAGUUUGAAUUCAGCAUCAGUACAUUCAUACUACUUUCUCUUACAUUCAUCUUACUUUGAGACAAAAUGGUAUGUUAUUUUGAUAUUCUGAAAAGUGUAAUCUCACAACAUAAAAAUGUAUGAUAUUUGUUAUUUGUGCUGCUUACAUGUCGAUUCAUCAUUCCGUAUAUUUCAUUAUAACAUACUACGCUACGUGCAUUACAAUGUAAAGCUAAUUCGAUUUGCAAAUGAAGGUUAAGGUAAUAUCAUAGAAAUAAAUUUUAUAUGUUAAAA